AUGGACGGAUUGAACCACCGCCGCACGGUGCGAGUCGCCGACGUCCUCUCGGACUUCCGGACUCUCCAGUACCACAUUGCCGCUGCGCCCACGGAACCCCUCAACGUGGAAGACUACUACACCGAAGGCUGGGCGGCCCUGCGGCAAUGCGCCAUCGACGGGCACCACAUUCUGGAAUGCGCUGCCGACACGAGGGUCCCGGAGGCGGAUGGAGAAGCGGAACAGGAGAAGGCCGAGCUGAAGCAAAUCCUUUUGGACUCGUAUGCCAGGAGACACGAAGCUCAGAAGAUCUAUCUCCGACAAGCUGCGGCGCAGCGCUGGAUUGAGAACCGGGAAGCCAUUCUGCAGGGCGGACGGCCACAUACCGGUAAUCGGUCGCUCCUAAGGGCCUGUGAUCAACAGUUGCGAGCUGAGCUUUCAAUGAUCACGGACGAGGUUGUCUACCACGAACUCCAAAUCUCGGAUCAGACCAUGGGCCGCUGGACGGACGAAGAUCCCAGCUUGCGCAGCGUGCAGCGCUGGCUUCGCGCACGACGACGCUAA